CGGCGGCGUUUUGACGUCACGGGGAGUUAAUUUUAAACCUGGACAAGAUGGCGGAAGGAGACGCGGCUCCGUACGGGCAGCGAGAGGAACAGCCUCGGUUUCAACCGGACUUGACAGGAGAGAGCUAUGAGGAUGCAGAAGAGAACGCCUCUUUGGAUGCUGAUGAAGCGAUUCCUGAAAAGCCAUGCCCAGUACAGAUAGUUCUUGCUCAUGAAGACGAUCACAACUUUGAACUGGAUGAAUCGGCAUUGGAGAGAAUCUUGCUUCAGGAACAUAUAAGAGACCUCAACAUAGUAGUAGUUUCUGUUGCUGGUGCAUUCCGUAAAGGCAAAUCAUUUCUCUUGGAUUUCAUGCUUAGGUAUAUGUAUAACAAGGAGUCAUCUUCUUGGAUAGGUGGAACUAGUGAGCCUUUGACUGGCUUUACAUGGAGAGGAGGGUGUGAGAGAGAAACAACUGGCAUCCAGGUUUGGAGUGAAGUAUUCAUCAUUCCCAAACCUGAUGGGACGAAGGUUGCUGUAUUACUAAUGGAUACCCAAGGUGCCUUUGAUAGCCAGUCAACUAUCAAAGACUGUGCAACAGUAUUUGCUUUAAGUACCAUGACAAGUUCAGUCCAGGUAUACAAUCUAUCUCAGAACAUCCAAGAAGAUGAUCUUCAGCAUUUGCAACUUUUUACAGAGUAUGGAAGGCUAGCAAUGGAAGAAAUUUAUCAAAAGCCAUUUCAGACUCUUAUGUUCUUAAUUAGAGACUGGAGCUAUCCAUAUGAACACCCAUAUGGUUUAAAAGGAGGAAAACAAUUUCUAGAAAAGCGAUUACAGGUAAAAUUGCACCAGCACGAAGAGCUUCAGAAUGUAAGGAAGCAUAUUCACUCAUGUUUCAGUAACCUAGGCUGUUUCCUGUUGCCGCAUCCUGGUCUUAAAGUUGCAACUAACCCAAAUUUUGAUGGGAGGCUAAAUGAUAUUGAUGAAGAGUUUAAGAAAGAGUUGCGGAAUCUGAUUCCUUUGCUGCUUGCUCCUAAAAAUCUGGUAGAAAAAGAAAUUAGUGGCUCAAAAGUGACUUGUAGAGAUCUAGUGCAAUAUUUUAAGGCUUAUAUUAAAAUCUAUCAAGGAGAGGAAUUACCUCAUCCCAAAUCAAUGCUUCAGGCAACAGCAGAAGCCAACAAUCUUGCUGCAGUAGCUGGUUCAAAAGAUACUUACAAUAAAGAAAUGGAACAGGUUUGUGGUGGAGAUAAGCCUUACAUAGCACCUGCAGACUUAGAACAAAAGCACCAAGAUCUUAAAGGAUUAGCAAUCAAACAUUUCCGUUCUGUGAAGAAGAUGGGAGGUGAGGAGUUCUGUCGUCGUUACCAGGACCAGCUUGAAGAAGAGCUUGAUGACAUCUAUGCAAACUUUGUGAAGCACAAUGAUGGCAAAAACCUCUUCUAUGCUGCUCGUACACCAGCGACUCUAUUUGCUGUCAUGUUUGCUAUGUAUAUAAUCUCAGGACUGACUGGAUUCCUUGGCAUGAACUCCAUAGCAACCCUGUGUAACCUCGUGAUGGGCAUAACACUUGUCUCCCUUUGUACAUGGGCAUAUGUUAAAUACUCUGGGGAAUUCAGAGAAAUUGGAACACUCAUUGACCAGAUGGCAGAAGUACUAUGGGAACAGAGGAGUCCCAAGAAGGUGUGUUCCAAAGUCUUUGAAGUUGUUAGACGUCGAAUGAUUCGCCAUGCUCUUGCCUCAGCACAACGGCAGCGACUCUCAUCCAACAAUAACAGGAAGAAAAAUUAGCCAGUAUUUUUACCUUUUUCUUUAUCUAAAGCAUUCACAAUUCGUAAGCAGGACUGUGCUGGGGCAAUUUACAUAAAUGCUAUAAGCAUACCAGGCUGAUGCUGCAUUAUAGGGUAUGAAACUACACCUGCUAUUCUAGGAGCUAUAAAGUUACAUGGAUUAAGUCAACUACUCAACGGAGGAAACCACUUAUUGCUCUGUAAAUUAUUAACUGUAAGCUGGUAGCAAAACUCAUUUUUUCUCUUGCUUUGGUACUGUUGCACUUUGGAUACAUUUCAUACUCCAUGAUUUUAAUUUGUGGUUUUCCAUCUGAGAUGCUUUUAGUUAAUUUAUUUUUGCACAUUUCUUGUACUGCAGGUUAUAAAACCUCUUGGGGACAAUUUGAUUGAGGAUACCAUGAGACAAUCGGUUACAAACUCUAUCAAAGCAGGCCUGACUGAACAGAUGUCUCAGCAUGCCAGAUUAAAGACAAACUGACAGCUCACCUCAUCUCAUCUGCCUGUCCAUCCUAGAUUUGCUUGUUGUACAACGAGAACUCAAUAAACCAAAGUUUACAUUUGACUAUAAAGCAGUAGUUUAGUCUGCUUGGAUUCCUAAUUUACUGCCAUCAUAUUGUGGGAAGAUAACGGUAGGGGUACAGGAGAAGAAACUGAACUAUUUUAAAGAGUUUAUCUUUGAUUUGCUCCCACAGUGUCAUGGAAAGGGAAGAUCUUAACCCUGGUACCAAUGUCCUUUGUACCAGGGUCUGAUUUAUGGAAUUGUAUCCACUGUAAAGGGUUUUUCAGGGAAGUAUCAAAACCAUACAGAAAUCUUUUAAUAGAAUGUAUAAUCACACAAAGUCCCAUUUGACAUUUUAAUUUUCAGCAUUUAUAACCUGAGUCCAGUUGACAUAUCAGCAGUAGCAGUCAACUGAGAACUCAUGUUUGAGCCACUUCAUUUAUCUGCUCUUGCAUUACUGCCUUCUCUACCAGUAUUACCCAGAUGCAUGUAUAUUGAUCUCCACAGCCGCUUCAUUUAGAGAUAACUAUAACAUUGUCCUGCUUUUUUUCAGUUUAGAGACCAUGUCUUUACAGGAUAUGUAUAUUAUGAAAAGAGCUGUUUUUCUCUGCAGUUUUAGCCUACAUGUAUAUACAAUAUGCCAUUAUUACUGAGGGGAAAAAUCCAUCCAAAAAUAACAAAAUCUGUUUCCUACAACUACAAAGCAAUGAGUUCAGAUUGUCUGUACAGUGUGUCUAGUUAUUUUUUUAAUCACAGGGCAUGUAUAAAAUAUAAAUAUAUAAAUACAAUUUUGUAUCUAAAGUUUUGUAGUUUAUGGCAAAACCUGGUUCUGUGAUAAGCUAAGUACAGUCCCUGUAAAGGAAUGUUUGUGGCUCAUGUAAAUGUGUGAAUGCAUAAAAACAAUUUAGUUUUUUUGAUAUAUUUGUGAUAUUUACCUGCCUUGAACACUGCAAUCUCAUCCCAUGGGAAAUCAGUGGGAAUGUUUGUUGUGAUUGUCUUCAGUUACAUUUUAAAGUUAUUUCUUGUAAUUUAUUUUCUGGUACAUUAAAAUCAAAUGUGUAUAUAUGAAAUUAAACUCAUGAUUUUAUUUAAACAU